UAUCCAUUACACUCUCCGUAGUAGUUUCUCCCUUCCACCCCUUAUCCUAUCUUCUUCUUCUUCUUCCAACAAAACAACAAAGUAAAGGAGGAAAGCAAAUGGCAACCACUCUCUCGGCACUCACGCUCCGCUCCCCAUCUUAUCCUACACCCACUCCUUCCUCUUAUCCUGCGCACACCCCCUAUAAAACAACCUUCCUCCAAUUCCCCUUCAACAACUCGAACCCUAGCCUCUCCUCCCAAAGAGCCAUCCAUGUCCGUCCCAUCGCCGCCGUCUCCGCGCCUGAGAAGAUCGAGAAGAUUGGCGGUGAAAUCUCCGGCCUCACCUUGGAGGAGGCCCGAAUCCUGGUCGACUAUCUUCAAGAGAAGCUUGGUGUCUCAGCUGCGGCCAUCGCUCCCGUUGCCGUUGCCGGUGCUGCUCCAGUAGCCGCCGCGGAUGCCGGCGCUGCCGUUGAAGAGAAGACGGAGUUCGACGUGGUCAUCGACGAGGUGCCGAGCAACGCGAGGAUUGCGGUGAUUAAGGCAGUGAGGGCGUUGACGAGUUUGGCGCUGAAGGAGGCUAAGGAGCUGAUUGAGGGCUUGCCGAAGAAGUUUAAGGAAGGAGUGUCGAAGGACGAGGCUGAUGAAGCGAAGAAGCAGCUGGAGGAGGCUGGUGCUAAGGUUUCGAUUGCUUAGGAGGAGGGUUAAGGAAGAAGAAGCAUGGUAAAUGAGCUUAUUUUGGUCUACAUUUUGGGGGGAUUUGAAGUGGGUUCUUACUUCUUAGUUGGUAUUCUCCUCCGAUUUGUUUGGUAUUCUUUUUUUUUUUUUUUUUCUUUUUUUGUAGUACAGUGAUUGUUCUCUGCUUCAAUUUCAAUGUAAUUGCUUAUUUAAAUAUGAAUAGUUGGUAAAUUUUGUGUUAA